CACAGAUUAUUUAUAGAGCCUAAAGCCUAUGAUGUUUUUUGGUGUGUGAUGCUGAAUUUAAGUUUAUUAAAAUUUGUUUAUUUUUUAUAAGGGUUUCUAUAAAGUAGCUACAUAAUUGUUAAGGCAGUAAUUUUAUUUGGUUUUGUUCUUAUUUAUUGAAGUGUAUAGCCCACAAAUUAUUGUAAGUUAAUUAAUCGCAAUGUCUAAUUCUACAAGUUUAAAAACACAUUCUAAAAAGGUAAAUAGCAGCAGAGACAGGGACAAAAACCGAUCAGUUGCAUCAGAAUCUGGUGGAUCCAGCCAGUGCGAUACCCCGCCACUUAUUGAAAAGGAUGGUGCCUCUUCUUCAUCACAAGGCAAGUAUGCCGGCAUCGGUGUUGAGUCUGUGCAGUGCAUGGCGGAGCAGGUGGGGGCCGAGAUCACUACUGAUGCUGCUACAAACCUGGCCGAAGACGUCAGUUACAAGCUACGACAGAUUAUCCAUACUAUUGCCGCUCGCAGUGAGUUGAUGAUGAAGUCACAAGUUGACGCCUGGGAUGUAAACACAACUCUGAUGCUAUCGGAUACCAGCCCGGUGGUCGGAGCCUGCACUCCCCACUAUGUGACAUUCGGUGAAGAGGAGUUGUGCUGCCAAGUUGAAACACUUCAGAAUGUAACAGAGUGUGCAAUGACAACACAAAGCUAUGUCUAUGCCAGUCUGCCCACAUUGUCCGUAGAAUGGAUCACGGACGAGAAGAGUGUCAGUAGCAACAGUAACCUGAGUGUGCCAUUGCAGAAUUAUUAUACUAAAGUAGCAAGAGCAAUUCUAAACCUGAAGAAGAAAUUAAAAGACAUAGCAGUACAAGAUCUCACAACGAAUACUCGCAUUGGGCCGAUAUUCCCAAAUCUGUUCAACCUAGCUGUGUUAGUAUUAAAUGACGAUAAUCUCAAGGCUCUCAAUGUUCCUGCUAAGAAGCCUCUACAGUGCAAUGUGUUGGAUAUGAUGGACGCCCUUUGUUCAAACCCAUGCAGUUUGGACACGAAUAUUCAACAACAGUUUCAACGCUUAUUUCCUGUGAUGGUAUCUAAUAUUUUAAGUAACGGUAGUUUAUCAGAGAAAAUGGUAGCAGUAUUAACAAAAAUCACAAGAACAUGGCCAUCUUUUGCAUCCAUGGGUAAGGAGAUUCUUUUCGACUACCUCUCAAAAGGGCCUAAAACACAACUGACUGCUCAAAUGAUUAAGUGCCUUACGGCGCUAGGCAGACCGGCGCUUAUCGAAUGUCUGUCGGAGCAUUUAGACUAUAUCGAUGACGUUAUGAACGAGCCGAGAAAAAACCACAUCCAAUUGGGAUUGAGGGAAACCUCGUUGGAUGCGUCCACCUGCUUGCUUAGAUCUGAACUGACGACGUAUCUAGAAGACUACGUGGCCACAGACUACACUCUGUACGAGAUGCUCGGCGACUCUGUGAUGCCGCGGCGCACCUUGUUCCCUAUACCAGAACCAAAGAAACCCCCAACGGACGCCACAUCACAAGACAGCCAAUCAGAAGACGAGAUGCCGUAUUUGCCAUUCAAAACAUUAUCGAGGAGGUCAAAAGUAAAGCUGUUCCCUAGAAAUCGAAUAUUAGAAAGCAGCAUUCACAGAGAGGCCGUAUUCGAGCCCGUGCGCUUCAAACCUGAAAGAAUACUCUGUAGGAUACCUGUUAAAGUGAAAAGUUUUAGAAACUUGCCAGUGAAAAAGGACAGAGCGGCGCAGGCGCACAUGCAGAGACCAAUAUACAACGUAAAUCGGUCGGUUAAUGGCGUGGCGGUGGCGUGUGGUCUACUCAACAGAUUUAGGUAUAGGCUCAACAAUAACUGCAAACCAUUUCCUAUAUUUGGAACGUACAUGUUGUGAAAGUAAAUCGAUUGUGAUAUGUUUAA